AUGGCCUGCCUUCCCGAUGCGAGCUGCCAGCGCGCGCACCCGUGUGCUGUGUGGCACUUGCGUGCCUCGGCAGACCAAACUCCAAUCAGUGGUCCGGGCUCGGCAGCAUCCGCCGGCCUUAUCGGUGGCAUCGCAGUUGCUGUGACGCACCCCCUGCGACCCAGGGCCAAGCAUGCUUCCACUCGGAAGAGAGCUGGGAGGUUCCCAGGUCCGAGACCUUGCUGUGCCCAAAAGGCAACGACUGCUCAAGGUGGCGAGGACGCAGAGAAGGAGAGCAGUUUGGCAUUCUUGACAGAUGAGAAGCAGCUGGAUGCACAGAUUUGGACACUGGCCCUUCCGGCGUUCAUUGCCCUUUGUGCUGAGCCCCUGCUAUCGAUCAUCGACACAGCCUUCGUCGGCCGCCUGCCUGAUGCUGCCUUGAGUCUGGGAGGGCUUGGUGCGGCUACUUCUGUUUUCGACUUCGUCUUCCGCUGCUACAACUUCCUCUGUGUGGUUCUGGUCCCUUUGGUUGCCGAGGCCGUGAUUGCGAAGAAGAGGGGAGAAGCUACAGAGGACCCGGCGGACAUUGUGGGCCGAGUGAUCGGGCUGGCUGCUGCUUUGGGCUUCCUGACCUGGGCCCUAAUUGCCUUCGGCUCUCAGAAUGUCCUCGAGCUUGCCGGUGUCUCCGCUGGCACGAGCCUGGGGACGGUGGCCGACGGAUAUCUCCGCAUUCGAGCCACUGCGCUGCCUGCCAGCCUCGUUAACACCGUGGCUGUGGGGGCUUUCAGAGGCCACCUGGACACCUCCACGCCACUGCUGGUUGUUCUGGUCCAGACCUUAUCUGACGUGGCCUUGGAUGCGGUGUUUGUAUACGGGGUGGCACCACUUGGCAUACCGGCCAUGGGAGUGGAUGGUGCGGCUUGGGCUACAGCCUUGUCGAUUUGGAUUGCGUGCAUUUGCUUCGCGGUUCUUCUGUCGCAGAGAGGCUAUGUGGCUUGGAAGUCUGCUCUGUCCUGGCCUACUGCACUGCAAGAGCUGCAGCCGUUGAUUAUUGGGAGCUUGUCGCAGCUCAUCCGGACUCUUUCCCUGCAAGCAGUGCUGUUGGAAUUCACACGGACCGUGGUGGGUCUGGACGCCACGGGCCUUAUUGCAGCCGCACAUCAAGUGGGCCUUCGUGUUUGGUACUUUGCCCUCUUUGCCUUGGACUGCAUUGCCGUCUCUGCGCAAGGACUGGUUCCGGUGGCGCUGGCAACCGCCGGCGUUGCCAAAGCUCGCUGGGUCUCAUCUCGCUUGCUGCUUUGGGGUGGGGUCGGCGGCACCCUGUCCGGCCUUCUGAUUGCCAGCCUAGCCAGCUCUAUUCCUGCCUUGUUCACGAACGACGAGGUCGUGGCGGCGACGGCAACUCCUUUGAUCCUGACCGUGGCAGCAUUGCAGCCGAUUGCCGGGGUUGUGUUCACGUGGGAUGGACUCUUUCAGGGUCUCUCCGACUAUGCCUACCUAGCUUUGGCCAUGGCAGUGGCUGCGCUUGCGACCCUGGGUCUGCUCCAGCUGGACUUCUUCAGUGGCUCUCUUCAGGGAGUCUGGGAGCCCCGCGGUGGAAAAUACGAUGCCGGAGAGGUCUCAAAAAGGCAGCAGCUCGAGCUGGCGAAGCAGCGUGUUGCAGAAGCGGGAGUAGACGACAAGGUCAGCGUGAUAUUCUGUGACUACCGGGACGUGGUUGCCCGGUUCGGAGCGGAGUACUUCUCCAAAGCUGUGAGCGUGGAGAUGAUCGAGGCAGUUGGCCACGAGUACUUGCCGGUCUACUUCCGGGCUCUGGACCAGUGCCUGAAGCCUGGGGGUAUGGUGGCAAUCCAAGCCAUCUGUGUGCCAGAUGAGCGCUACGAGUCAUAUAGGAAGGGAUCCGACUUCAUCCGCGAGAAAAUUUUCCCGGGCUCGCACUUGCCAUGCCUGGCUGAAAUCCACCGCUCGUGUUCCCAGCUCUCGUUGAGGGAGUGUGCAGCUCCUUUCUCCCUGGGCCUGUCGUAUGCGGCCACUCUCAAAGAGUGGAGGCGGCGAUUCACGGUGAACGAAUCCCAGAUCCGGCAGCUGGUGAGCAGCCGCAGCGGCGAGGGCUUCGACGAUCAUUUUGUCCGUCGGUGGAACUAUUACUUUGCGUACUGUGAGACUGGCUUCCGCUUAAAGCACAUCGACGUUUGGCAGCUCUGCUUCCUCAAGGACGUUUCCCUGGCAGAGCGU